AUGCCAUUGAUAUCUGCUGGAGCAGUUGGAUUAACUGCUGAACAAGUCAAAAGUGCACAGGGCGUGCUGUCCUGCCUGUGCAGCGUCACGCCUAACAGGCUGGUGCUGGCCUUCCUCAAGUUCCUGGCCGUUUGCUUUUCCUGCGCUGCCAACUCUGCCACUUAUACCUUGGUAGGGGAGUCCUGCAUCCAGAGGGUGCGGAGCAAAUACAUGCUGCUGAUGACCUGCCUCAUCUUGCUGUCACCUGCUGUUGCUGGAGUGCUCACAUACCCCACACUAAAACUGCAGUUCGAGGCGGACCUCUGGUUCGGAGUUACAUUCCGGCCGUGGCGGCUGCUCACUAUCGUGCUUGCACUACCUUCGGGGCUGGGGGCCAUUGCUAUCUACUUCUUCCACGAGUCGCCCAAGUUCCUGGCCAACAGGGGACGAACGGACGAGGCACUGGAAGUUCUGAGGUCCAUGUACGCGAUCAACCAUAGGAACUCUAAGGACGAGUUUGGGGUGAAAUCCUUGAAACUCAGCGAGGACAUGGCCAAGCAGCAGACGACGCUCCUCAAGGCGAUGUUUGAACAAAGCGCGCCGUUAUUCCGCGCGCCGUACCUCUGGCGCACGCUGCAGCUGUUCUACAUCGUCUUCGUCGUGUACAUCACAAACAACAGCUUCCUCGUCUGGCUACCGCACAUCUUGAACCUGAUCCGGUUAUCGCUAGAGACGGGUUCAGCAGCCGGGAACAUCUGCGCUCUCAUCUCCCCGGAAGAACAGUCACCAGACGUCUGCAUCGGCACAAUAGAGGAAAACGUGAUGGUCACCCUCAUAGCAUCCCAAUCUGUCUUUUCGUUCUUCAACUUCGUCAUAUCGUACCUGCCGAACCGGCGGAAGGCUGUGCUAAUUACGAUCUUGUGCCUAUCGUCGUUGGGUGGAGUUUGCCUCAACCUGAUGCCGGAGCCGAUCUCUUCUGUGUUCUUCUUCGUGCUGUUCACUUGCACGUGCCUCGGGAUGGGCAUCUUGGCAUCGUACUUCGUGGAUUUGUAUCCUACCUCAUACAGAGGGAUGGUGGCAUGCCUCAGUAUCAUGGUGGGUCGAACGAGCACCUUUAUAGGCAUCAACCUGGUCGGGAAACUCAUCUUCCGCCACUGCCAAGUCACGUUUUACCUCUGGUCGCUGCUUGUGCUAAGUAGCGCUAUAGCAGCCUGGUUCCUGCCUCCGGACAAAGCGCCAGUUAAGUCAACAGUAAUUUAACGUUAACAGUAAAGACGGAAUGAAAUUGUCUGUGAUUUUAGAAUACUAUAGAUUUAUUAGCUAAAGGAAUUUCAAGAGGCAUUUUGGAUGUGAGGAAAUACGAACUUUGAGUUCUGGAGAUACGAGUAUACCUAAUAGGUAUCAUGCAGGUGAUUUCUUGCUUGAGUAAGCUCUUCAAACAAUAUACAGCGUGUUCUUAUUCAUAAAACACUUACUAUACUAUUAGAUGCUCAAUAUAAUAUGGUGCAAUUUUUAGCAUUAGACUAUUGAACAGUUAUUCUUAAAAUAGAAUUACGUUAUGACAUGUUAUUAAUAAAUAUUUUUUUCUGCAGUUCUACAUAGCUGUAGAUUGGUACCGGUCUUUAUGGGAUCGUAAAUGGGAAUAAUAUAGGUCAGGUAUGGUGAACCUUUAUGUAUCAAAGUGCCACUUUUCCAAAAUAAUAUUUGAUGAAGUCAUAGACGUGCCAUUAAAUAACACCUAAUGCUAUCAAUGAGGGGUAUCGUACAGUGGCGCCACUGGCGAAAGACAUGACCUUACCCUACAGUGGCAGAGAACAAAAUUAAAUAAGUACGAUAGCCUAUAAUCAAAACACAUUGUUUAUUAUUUUAUUGUAUGGUGAAUUUUGUGAUUGGUGGCGUGCCCUAAUCAUUUUGGCGCGUGCCGUCAAUGGUACGCGUGCCAUUGGUUCGCCAUCCCUGAAUAGGUAAUAAUAAAUACUUACUAUCUUCAUGAUGACAGAAUGAGUCUGAUGAUAUAGAUGAACUACAAUGUACUGUCUCACAUUGACAGGGGGCGCCCCCAUGGUUCAACUUUAAAGUUUCCACGUGGAAAAAUCUGAAUCAGCGAUCCGGUAUUGACGGUGGCGCUUCCUAUCAGUGUCACGGGUGGGACAGUUCGUUGUAGUUCAUCUAUCUAUAGUAUCUAAUGCUUGACUGUGAUUAGAUGACUUCCAGGAGAAUAUUCCUGACGUGGAUAUCGAUUAAGGUUCUCAAUGAUUAGCUGUAUUUGGUCUUAUAAAGCCCGAUUCACACUACUAACACAAGUGGUGUGUAUCCUGCCUUAAACUCUGACCGAAGCUUGUUAUUUUAAAUAUUAAUAGGCAGUAAUUAAAUAUUAAAAAUACAUAAUAAAUUCAUCUUUAAUUGAAGUUUAUUCGCUUAUAACUAAAAUAAAAAAGGUUCUAAGUACAUAAAAUAUAAUAAUAGUCGUUUCUCUUAUUUAUAUUCAUCACAGAUCGGAUGAUAGCUCUUUUACAGUUUCAGAAAAUAUGUUGUAUAAAACUUUAUUUUGAUUUACUUAUAAUAUUCAUGUUUAUAUAAAGCUCGUCGUGUAUUUUUUAAAUAUUAUUUUUUAAUUUGUUACUACUCAAUAAAAUAUUUAUAUUGAAUAUAAUGUUUUAUCUACGUUAAAACCUAUUAAUUAACAUCAAGCGCAAAUUCAAUUUCAGUAAAGGCUUUAUAUGUACACCACCAGUUGGCGCCACUGGCUAAUUAAGCAGUGACGCCAACUAGUGAGUGCAACUAGAACUAGUAACUACAAACUUCAAAAAGUUGUAUCAAAAUAUCAAUUUGAUAUAUUUUCGAGAUUUUUAUCCUCCAUUUCGAAGAUUUAACUAUUUUAUAUUUACUAUAAAUAAAUAUUGACUUCAAUCAUUCAAAUAUAACUCUUAAACCUAACAUCAUAAGCGCGUUUCCUUAAUAUUAAAAGGAACUUACAAUUUGUGCAUUUACAUCUCUUCACAAAGCAUCAUAGGCACAUCAAUGACAUCUUUCUUUCUAGUUUGCUCACUAGUUUCUUUAUUAUAAGGAAUGUUUUAAUAAUUUUUUUGUUGGACUAUCAACAAUAGAACUAUUAUGAUUCACAACAGAGAUCAAUUGUAAUAAAUAGUUCAAUAAUCGAUUUUUUAUUUUAGUAUUUGAGUUUGGCAACCAUUCAUUCGCCAAACAAUUUAAACUAGUCCUUGCAAAUAUUUUUGCAAAUUCAAUUUCAAAUAAGGAAAUAGAUAAAAUGUUAUUAUUUUAGCUAGCAUUUUCUUUCACUAUUAUAAUAAUAGUAUUCAUUAUGAAUAAUUUCUACUCACAAUAUUUCAUUAAUAACAGAGGGAUGGAUAUUUCAGAAUAACCUUCUAAAAUUGACUUAUUAUGUAAAAGCGUACUCAAGUACGCAUAUCCAAGUCUUGUCGUAACUGGUAUCUACAUGUGCGUAGAUAUAUACCUGUCCAGUCCCGUGGUCUUGUCUCUGGUCUCCUGGUCCUCUUCCUCGGUCUCUGCCGUGGGAUUGUUGUCGUCUAACUUUAUCACCAUGAUGGCACCAAUGGAAACUGAAAACA